CAGCUGUGUCUGUACUCGGCAUGACGGGUCGAAUCAGAGGCACCCGAUCUUUCUGAGAGCUCGAGGCGGUCGGGCAACUAGCUAGCUAUCGUCGGGAUGCUUGAAGGUGGCUUGUUGAUAGGGGGUGGUCUGGAAGAUAGCCAACGAAACAGCAAUGGUUAUUGACGAGGUUCAGUCUCCAAUAACGAAAAGAAUACAGCACGUCCGGCUUGUUGAAGUCUUCAACGAUGUACAGCCUAUAUCUUGGAGCCCAAUGGCGAGAAUGUCCACCAGCGCUGGCUAAAGUCAUCAUUCAGGGUUAGGUACGGCCAGGGUGCCAGGCAAUGUGCCACUUGGCAGCAGGGUUGGCUAUGGGCGGAGCGCCAGCAGGGGCCCGGUCCCUGUCCCAGGAGAAAGGUGGCCAAUCCAGAUUGGGAGCUUUGAAGCAGUUGCCAACUCCAAACAUCCCAACAUCGAACCUGGGGCAGAAGCGAUCGCAUUUUUUAUUAUUAUUGUUUGCUGCAUUUCGGAGGAUUACCGGAUGCACAAAGUGAGGGCUUGAAGGCCAUCUCACUCCUUUCUAUCGUGUUUGCUUUUUGUUUUUCCAGCACACCGAGAGUGCCUUGCGACAGCGCCUUGAGCGUCGCUAGCCGCUGCCAUGCACCUCUCAGGCCCGCUGUCCGGGAGGUGGACAGCUUAUCUCGGGCUGAUAUCUACACUUUCCGGCGUCAUUACACCAGCAGUUGCCGUCAAGGAACAUGAUUUCAAAAAGUGCGCCCAGUCGGGCUUCUGCUCGCGAAACCGAGCGCUUGCUGACCACGUCCUCUCCACCAACUCGUGGUCGUCUCCAUACUCUAUCCUUCCCGAAUCCGGGUCCUUCAAAGACGGACAGUACCAAGCUGUCGUAUUGAAGACUAUCAACGACAAUGGCGACACCGUCCGGCUUCCAUUGACCGUUUCCUUCCUCGAAUCCGGCACCGCCCGAGUUACGAUUGAUGAGGAGAAGAGGCAAAAGGGCGAGAUCGAACUGCGCCAUGACAGCAAGGCCCGGAAGGAGCGAUACAAUGAAGCCGAGAAAUGGGUUAUUGUUGGAGGGCUAACACUUGACAAGGAAGCCAAGGUGGAUUUCGAAGACAAGUCACAGCUCACUGUCAAGUACGGACCUACCUCCAACUUCGAAGCCGUCAUCAAGUUCGCUCCCUUUGGAAUCGAUUUUAAGCGCGAUGGAGUCAGCCAGAUCAAGUUCAAUGACCAGGGGCUGCUGAACGUGGAGCACUGGAGGCCUAAGAUUGAGAAGCCAGCGGUUGAGAACAAGGACACCCCCGAGGGCGAGCAGAACCAGGAGGACAAGGAAGAGAAGAAGGAGGAUGAGGAGGAACCCAAGGGCGAGGACGAGAGCACCUGGUGGGACGAGUCCUUUGGCAGCAACACCGAUUCGAAGCCUCGUGGCCCCGAAAGUGUUGGCCUCGAUAUCACCUUCUCGGGCUUCGAGCAUGUCUACGGCAUUCCUUCUCACACCGGCCCUCUGUCACUGAAGACCACUCGCGGCGGGGAUGGCAGCUACAGCGAGCCCUACAGGCUGUACAACGCCGACGUUUUCGAGUACAUUCUUGACAGCCCGAUGACGCUUUAUGGCUCCAUUCCUUUCAUGCAGGCCCACCGCAAGGGCUCCAGCGUUGGUGUUUUCUGGCUCAAUGCUGCCGAGACCUGGGUCGAUAUCACCAAGGGCAAGGACUCCAAGAACCCCCUGUCUCUUGGUAUUGGCUCCAAAACCAGCACCCACACUCACUGGUUCUCGGAAAGUGGUCUUCUGGACGUCUUUGUUUUCCUUGGCCCAACCCCCAAGGAUCUUACCGCCAAAUAUGGCGAGCUCACCGGCACCACCACCAUGCCUCAGGAGUUUGCCCUCGGUUACCAUCAGUGCCGCUGGAACUACGUCUCGGACGAGGAUGUCAAGGAUGUCGACCGCAAGAUGGACAAGUUCAAGAUGCCCUAUGAUGUCAUUUGGCUCGAUAUUGAGUACACGGAUGAUAAGAAGUACUUCACCUGGGAUGAGCAUAGCUUCAGAGACCCCAUCGGCAUGGGCAAGCAGUUGGAGAGCCACGGUCGCCAGCUGGUCACUAUCAUCGACCCUCAUAUCAAGAACACUGACAACUACCCCGUCGUUGCCGAGCUCAAGUCCAAGGACUUGGCUGUCAAGAACAAGGAUGGCAACAUUUUUGAGGGCUGGUGCUGGCCAGGCAGCUCCCACUGGAUUGAUGCUUUCAAGCCUGCCGCCCGUGAGUGGUGGGCUACCCUCUUCAAGUAUGCCUCGUUCAAAGGCUCCAUGGAGAACACCUGGAUUUGGAACGACAUGAAUGAGCCUUCGGUCUUUAACGGUCCCGAGACGACCAUGCCCAAGGACAACCUUCAUGAUGGCAACUGGGAGCAUCGUGAUGUCCACAACCUUAACGGCAUGACCUUCCACAACGCCACACACCAUGCUCUCAAAACCCGCAAGCCUGGCGAGCUCCGCCGUCCAUUUGUCCUCACCCGCGCCUUCUUUGCCGGCUCUCAGCGCAUCGGUGCCAUGUGGACCGGUGACAACACUGCCGAGUGGGGCCAUCUCAAAGAAUCCAUCCCCAUGAUUUUGUCCCAAAACAUCGCCGGCUUCCCCUUCUCCGGCGCUGACGUCGGUGGCUUCUUCGGCAACCCUGACAAGCAGCUCUUGACUCGUUGGUACCAGGCCGGUGCUUUCUACCCCUUCUUCCGCGGCCAUGCUCACAUUGAUGCCCGCCGCCGCGAGCCUUACCUCAUGGGGGAGCCGUACAACACCAUCAUCGCUGGUGCCCUCCGCCUUCGUUACAGCCUUUUGCCAUCAUGGUACACUGCCUUCCACCAAGCCCACGUCGACGGCACUCCCAUCGUCAAGCCGCUGUACUACACUCACCCUGACGAAGAGGCCGGUUUCCCCAUCGACAACCAAUUCUUCGUCGGCAACACCGGCCUUCUCGUCAAGCCUGUUACCGAGGAGAACAAGGAGACUCAGGACAUCUUCGUCCCUGACAACGAAGUCUACUACGAUUACUUUACUUACAAUGUCGUUGCCUCUGGCAGGGCCGGGAAGACGGUCACGGUUGCCGCUCCGCUGGAGAAGCUCCCCCUUCUGAUGCGUGGUGGCCAUAUCUUCCCCCGCCGUGACAUUCCCCGCCGCUCUUCGCAGCUCCAGAAGUGGGAUGACUACACUUUGGUGUUGACCAUUCCCAAGGACGGAAAGCACGCGGAGGGCGAGUUGUACGUGGAUGACGGCGACUCUUAUGACUUUGAACAGGGGCAGUACAUCAACCGCAGGUUUGUUUACGAUGGCGCCGCCAAGACCAUCACGUCGGUUGAUAAGGAGGGCAGGGAUACCAAGAGCGUCAAGCAAGGGGAGUGGCUCAAGAAGUACAAUGGGGUGAGGGUGGACAAGAUCGUGGUUGUGGGGGCGGAGGAGAAGGUGUGGGGAAAGAAGACCGAGGUGGAUGUUGUUGAUGAGAGCGGGAAGGGGGCGUGGAAGGCAAAGGUGGAGUUUACUCCUGCUGACAAGGCCGCCGGGAGGGCGAGCUUUGCGGUUAUCAAGAGGGUGGGUGCGAGCAUUGGGAGUGAUUGGAAGGUUGAGCUCUAAGCUCUGAAGGGCUUUGGUAUUUGUGUUGUGUUGCGAGACAAAAAGAAAGCGUUGGCAUCAGCUGAACUUGUGGAUACUGUUUUGAUGCUGCUGUUUUAUCUAGCUUUGCUUAUACAUUGCAUGAUGUUGUACGACAGGAGACUGUUGUGUUGUGUUGUGUUUAUUUGUUUGCAUCACAAAGACAGGUUUUAUGCUCUUACACAUGCACAGCCUUUGGGGGAGGAGGAGGAAGAGGGGAGAACCUUGUGCGAGGAACGGAGGCUUUCUCGCGUCCUUUCGGUUUCUCGGGGGGUGGUUUUGUACAAUGUGUUGGCGUGGCCCUUUUUGCCUUUGGAUAUUCUAGCCGGUGGUCAUCAUCGGGGCUUCUCAGCUCACCGUACACCGGACCCUUCCUCACCGAAUGAAGCUCGGGGAACGGAAGAACAU